CGUUUAUGCCUACAAUUGAAACAUGCCGCACACAGCCAUUACGAUAUCUGCUUGCAGUGAUGUUCUAGUAACAUCAACAGAUAGAAAGAACGGAAGAUACGACGAUACUAAGCCAAAAGUUGCUGCAUGGAAAAUAUCUCCAGCCCUUCCGGAUAAACGAGAGUUCGUGUACAUGCUAAAAGAUAUUACCGCAGAACUAAUACUUGGUGAAGAUGGUUUCAGAGUCAGUAUACCACAGAAAGCACUAUAUGACAACCUCCUUAAUAAGCGAGCGACUUUUAGGGUAGACUAUUACGUCAAGAACGGCGUUGGGUGUGUUACAAAAAUCGUUGUUGCUGUGUUCGGCUCUAUUUAGUAUUUUAGCGAUAUAUUUUAAAAUUGCGCUG